GGGGCUACAGGGUGGGCGAGAUAGCAGAGUCUCUGCCCCGGGGACCCACAGCCUUCCUGCAUUCGUUCAUUCAUUCAUUCAUUCAUUCAGCAGCGUUCGCGCACCGCCACCCAGCUCGGUGCCAGGGCAGGGCUGUCAUUCCCGGAUCUUAUAACUCAGAUGGGAGGCCUGGCUUAGCAGAUUCUAGGAAGCAGAAAUGUGGUGUGUGAAUGAAAAGAGGCACCUGUUGUGAAACUUCCAGAAAAACCAGCUUCAUACUUCAGCAGUUGCGGUACAAUUCUUGGAAGUCAAAGAUGAGAAAAAUACCAAAUCAUGGGAACCUGAGGGUGACGAAAGUGGUAUACCCCUUGGGGCUGUGCGUGGGCCUGUUCAUCUACGUCGCCUACAUCAAGUGGCACCGCGCCUCCGCCACCCAGGCCUUCUUUAGCAUUGCUGGGGCAGCUUCUGGGGCCCAGUGGGGCCAGCAGGCCCAUAGCCCCCUAGGGACAGCUGCGCAUGGUCAUGAGGUCUUCUAUGGGAUCAUGUUUGACGCAGGGAGCACCGGCACCCGAGUCCACGUCUUCCAGUUCGCCCGGCUACCCGGAGAAACUCCUACUUUGACUCAUGAAACCUUCAAAGCACUCAAGCCAGGCCUUUCUGCUUAUGCUGAUGAUGUUGAAAAGAGCACUCAGGGAAUCCAGGAGCUCCUGGAUAUUGCUAAACAACACAUUCCCUUCGACUUCUGGAAGGCCACCCCUCUGGUCCUCAAGGCCACUGCCGGCUUACGGCUGUUACCAGGAGAGAAGGCUCAGAAGUUACUGCAAAAGGUGAAAGACGUGUUUAAGGCUUCGCCCUUCCUUGUAGGGGAUGACUGCGUGUCCAUCAUGAACGGAACAGAUGAAGGGGUUUCAGCCUGGAUCACGAUCAACUUCCUGACAGGCAGCUUGAGAGGCCCAGGAGGGAGCAGUGUGGGCAUGCUGGAUUUGGGCGGAGGGUCCACUCAGAUCACCUUCCUGCCACAGCUUGAGGCCACCCUACAGACCUCCCCGCCAGGCCACCUGACCACGCUGCAGAUGUUCAACAGGACCUACAAGCUCUACUCCUACAGUUACCUUGGGCUCGGGUUGAUGUCGGCGCGGCUGGCAAUCCUGGGCGGUGUGGAGGGGCAGCCUGCUAAGGAUGGAAAGGAGUUGGUCAGCCCUUGCCUGUCUCCCAACUUCAGAGGAGAGUGGGAACACGCCGAAGUAACAUACAGAAUUGCAGGACAGAAGGCAGCUGCAACCCUCUACGAGCUGUGCUCCAGCAGAGUGUCGGAGAUCCUCCGAAAUAAAGUGCACAGGACGGAAGAGGCAAAGCAUGUGGACUUCUACGCUUUCUCCUACUAUCACGACCUCGCAGCCCAUGUCGGCCUCAUAGAUGCAGAGAAGGGCGGCAGCCUAGUUGUCGGAGACUUUGAGCUUGCAGCCAAGUACGUGUGCCGGACCCUGGAGACCCAGCCACAGCACGGCCCCUUCGCGUGCAUGGACCUCACCUACGUCAGCCUGCUGCUGCAGGAGCUUGGCUUUCCCCGGGGCAAAGUGCUGAAGCUGACUCGGAAAAUUGACAACGUUGAGACCAGCUGGGCUCUGGGGGCCAUUUUUCAUUAUAUCGACUCCCUGAACAGACAGAAGAAUCCAGGCUCGUAGCAGCGGAGCUGCCCAGCCUGCCCCAGUCAGUGGUAAUCUCUAUGGCUCUCCUGUCCUGGAUGUGACUUCACCCCUGAGGGGCUGUGAUGUGGGGUGAGCCCCUUCCUCCCCCACAAUCUGUGGGGGUAUUUCUUGUGGACUUGCCUGGGACUUGGAGGGGCCUCAUGCCCCCCUGGCCUGUGCACCUGCCUCCCCCAGCUGCAUGCAGCCAGAGGGUCUGCUCAGUGCCUCCUGGCUGCCCAGCUCCAGGUGGGCAGAGGACCAGAGGGGGCUCAGGUACACACCACAGCAGCAACACAGCCCCCAUACACCCCUAGGGUGGCCACAGCAGCUAUAUUUCUCCCUGGGAUAAGUCUCCCAGACCUGUGGGUUUCCUCCCUCCCUGAGGUGGGCUCCACUUUCCCCAGGAGAGCCUGAGGAGGUUGAAUAGGCUGCCUUGGCUGCUCUCAGAGCUGUUUCUGCCAUGCCCUUUGGGCUGGCCUGCUGUGAAGUUGGUUCUCGUGUGCUCCCUCCUGUUCUGUGUGGGUGUGUAGAGUCACUGGGGAGCUGCUCUCCUUGAACCUGGCAUGGUUUGGGGUUAAUAGAAGGAACACAAUGGGUAGGAGAGGAGCUGGGGAACCUCCCAGGGACCUUGCUUGCCUGCUCUUCAGAGAACAUCUCCUGCUGUGGGCAGGCACUGAGUGAACCCCUGUAGCACUGUUUGUGGCCAUGCUGCUUAAACGACGAUCCUUUUGUGGGUGUGCCGAGUGCUUGUGUGGAAGCUGUGCUCUGAGCCCCUCUUCUGGACACUGCCUCUGUGUUCCAGUGAAUGUAUUGCUAUUGUGAGCCGUCUGCAGCCCAGUGAGGUGGUGUCAGGGGACAGAAUCCUGCCACAGUUCAGCCAAGCCACUGUCCCCAGAACCAUGCUCUUGUGGUGUCCUGGGCCACAGUCUGUCCUCCUUGGACUGACCCCACCCUGCCCCACACGUCCUAUGUGGUGUGUGGGUCCUGGUGCCUGAGCCCCGGCGUUGGUGUUGCAGUGAAUGUACAGUAUGUGGCAUGGCUGAGCCUCAUGUCCACCUAAAAUAAAAGUUUCCUGCUCCUGG